AUGGCGGCCUCCAUCGCCGUCGCACUCCUCGCCGCCUUCCUCACGCCGCUCAUCGUCUACUGGUUAACGACAAGAACCAGGAAGCCGUUGCCGGCGAACCUGCCCCCGGGGUCGCUGGGCCUGCCGGUGAUCGGGCAGAGCCUGGGCCUGCUCCGCGCGAUGCGGAGCAACACCGGCGAGCGGUGGCUGCGGGACUGGGUCGACCGGUACGGCCCCGUGUCGAAGCUGUCGCUGUUCGGCGCGCCCACGGUGUUCGUGACGGGCCCCGCCGCGAACAAGCUGGUGUUCGGCAGCGACGCGCUGGCGCCGAAGCAGCCCCGGUGCCUGCCGCUGAUCCUGGGCCGCCGGAACAUCCUCGAGCUCGUCGGCGACGACUACCGCCGCGUGCGCGGCGCCAUGAUGCAGUUCCUCAAGCCCGACAUGCUGCGGCGGUAUGUGGGCACGAUCGACGCCGAGGUCACGCGCCACCUCGACGCCGAGUGGGCUGGGCGCCGGGCCGUCACCGUGCUGCCGCUGAUGAAGCUGCUCACGUUCGACAUCAUCGCGACGCUGCUCUUCGGCCUCGAGCGCGGCGCCGUCAGGGAGCGGCUCGCCGCGGCGUUCGCGGACAUGCUGGAGGGCAUGUGGUCGGUGCCGCUGGACCUGCCGUUCACGGCGUUCCGCAAGAGCCUCAGGGCGAGCGCGAGGGCGCGGCGGGUGCUCGAGGCGACGCUCAGGGAGAAGAGGGCCAGGCUGGAGCGGGGCGAGUCGUCGCCCGCGAACGACCUCGUGAGCUGCCUAGCCAGCCUGCGGGUCGACGAGGGCGGCGGCGGCAAGCAGCUGCUGACGGACGAGGAGAUCGUGGACAACGCCAUGGUCGUCCUGGUCGCCGGCCACGACACGUCGUCCGUGCUCAUGACCUUCAUGAUCCGCCACCUCGCCGGUGAUCCCGCCACCCUCUCCGCCAUGGUCCAAGAGCACGAAGAGAUCGCCAAGAACAAGGCCGACGGCGAGGCGCUGACAUGGGAGGACCUGCACAGCAUGAGGUUCACGUGGCGCGUGGCCCUGGAGACGCUGCGGAUGAUCCCGCCCAUCUUCGGCAGCUUCCGGCGAGCCCUGGAGGACAUCGAGCUCGACGGCUACGUCAUCCCCAAGGGGUGGCAGGUGUUCUGGGCGUCGAGCGUGACGCACAUGGACCCCGGCAUCUUCAAGGACCCCGAGAAGUUCGACCCGUCAAGGUUCGAGGGCCAGGCGCCGCCCUACUCGUUCGUGGCGUUCGGCGGCGGGCAGCGGCUGUGCGCCGGGAUCGAGUUCGCGAGGGUGGAGACGCUGGUGACCAUGCACCACCUGGUGAGGCGGUUCCGGUGGAGGCUCUGCUCCAAGGAGAACACCUUCGUCAGGGACCCCAUGCCGUCGCCGCUUCAUGGCCUCCCAAUCGAGCUCGAGCACAUAGGCGUGGCUUCUCCAUGCAAGACCGCUUGCUGAGUUCAAUCUGUUGCGAGAAUUGAGGCUCUGAACUGUACUAAGUCUGUAUCAAAAUUCACAGGGAUACCCCACCCCAAAAAUCAGCUGAAUGCGUAGCGCCUGGUUACAGUUUCAUC